CCAGCCCCUUCGAGCCUCGCCCCUCGCCCUCGCCCCGCCUGGCAGCCGCGUCCGGCCUUCUCCUCCCGCACCUCCUCCGCGGCCGGGUCUCCCUCGCAAACGCGGCGGUAAUUCGCCUGCCGCCACCGCCACCAUCACCGCCGCCGCCGCCGCGCCUGGUGCGGCCCGCCCCGCUGCAGGGAUGUGCGACAAGGAGUUCAUGUGGGCCCUGAAGAACGGGGACCUGGACGAGGUGAAAGACUACGUGGCCAAGGGAGAAGACGUCAACCGGACACUAGAAGGUGGACGGAAGCCUCUUCAUUAUGCAGCAGAUUGUGGGCAGCUGGAAAUCCUGGAAUUUCUGCUGCUCAAAGGAGCAGAUAUUAAUGCUCCAGAUAAACAUCAUAUUACUCCUCUUCUGUCUGCUGUGUACGAAGGUCAUGUGUCCUGCGUGAAAUUACUUCUGUCAAAGGGUGCCGAUAAGACUGUGAAAGGUCCAGAUGGACUAACUGCCUUUGAAGCCACUGACAACCAGGCAAUCAAAGCUCUUCUUCAGUGAUGGACAGAUGGGCUGACAGCUCUCGAAGAAUGACUCUCCUGUGGCCUCACACUGCUGCCUGUUUGUCUGUCACUCUAUCUGCCAGCUUCUACAGCUCAAUUCUUCUAGAGGGUCGAGGGGAGAGAGAAAUUCAUUACCCAUCAGACUACCAGAAAAAAAUAUGAGGUGGAGGAGGGGAGAAACCAUGAUCGGGCUUUGAUUAAGGUUCCUGAUCAAGUCAGCCCCUUUUCUGUUUCUAAUAAAAUAGACAGCUCAUGCUCAAGGCAGAGCCAGGACAAAACAUGCGUUCUCAUUUGACCUUUUUAGCUCCCCAGCUAAACUUAAUAGAUUGUGUCCAGGUCUGAUUAUACAAAGGCCAACUCUCCAUAUUCAUUCGGUAGCCAUAACUGCCAGCAGGAGUGGCUGUCGCAAUCUAAACUUAGGGUGCUGAUAUAAGCAAUUCGCUCUAGCCUUCUGCCUUAAGAUGCACUCUACUCUAUUGGGGAUCCCCUGGCAUCUCAGAGCGCUGCCUGUGGUUGGUGACCAAAUUUUCCCUCGGUGACUCUCAGCUUUACGUGAAAGGUCAGUUAAGGUGAAAAGGGGUACACCCCUAAAUUGCUAGAUGACUGAACUUUGGAUUUCCUCUCCCCUUUCACAUGAGUUCCAUUGGUCUUUACAUAAAACUGACUCACUGUAUUUAUAAAAUCUUAAUUUUUGGAAGUCUAAAGAAGAAAUAAAUCAUUCCUGUAUGCUUUUUUUUCCUUAACCUCCUCUAGAUUUAAGACAUUUCUAUAACACUGCAACACUUUCAAACUCCUGCUGGUAGUAGAAAAGGAGAUUUAAAAAUAGACUCAUAGCCAUAGCCUGUUUGUAUUGUAUAAGGAGUAAACGGUUGUCUUAGAAA